AUAUUAAUCAAGUGAAGUGAGCAAGCUCUUUUAAUUCUUCACCAAACCAAAAAGAUUCAUUACAACUCCAACAAACCACAUCAUCAUCUUUAAGAUAAACAAAAACAACCAAACCAAUCCCUUUUUUUCGUUUCUUGAAUCUUUCUAAUCUGAUUCAUUUCUUGAGUUUUCUUAUUCUUGACUCUUUUCAAUACAUCUCAUACCUAUCACAUUAUUUUAUAUCUACAAAGUCAUGAGCCACUUCACUUCAAUCCCGGAAUCAAAGAAAAGAUCUUCUCCAGAAGAGAAUGAAUCUUCAGAAUUUAGUGUUGAAUCGGAGGCGGGAUGGACUUCGUCAUCAAAGCGACUCAAGUUCGACACUCACCAGACCACAUCAAAUACCUCAACAAGAGAUUCCAUAGCUUUCGCAAUUCAACAAAUUGACUGGUCUCAAUGGCAUAAUGGUAGUACAAUCCCAGAUCCGAUUCCUGAACCUCAAGACCAGCACUCAACCUCAUCAGCCGCACAACUUUUCUUAGAAACCUUUUGGGAAGGAGUGAUCAUACCUCAAGAAGAGCCACAACCGAUCAAAAGGAUGACACUACAAGAAAUUCAAGAAGAAGCAGAAGAUUUAGCUAUAAUCGAGAUGUCAGUUCCAGAUAUAAUUAUGUGUUUUCCAAACGAUUCUAUCUUUCAGAUUUGUAAAAGACAAGAAAGAGCCAUGGAACGACAAUCUAGACCUAAAGUUAAACCAACUGUGAUUCAUCGAACAAAAUCUUGGUAUGAGAGACCGGGUGCCACGUUGGGAACGAUCUUUGGGGAUCUUGCUUAUAUGAUUUGUCACAAUAUACAAACCCCACAAACACAUUCAAUCCCAAUCUUGAUGGUCACUAGUCCGGAUGGUACGCAGGAACUUUUACUCGAGGACUUCCGGUAGAUUGAGGUUACUCCUUGGAGGUCACAACCCCAUUUAAGUGUUCGGAUUUCAUUUUGGUUUGGGUGGUCGAUGUUAUGUACAUUUAGCUACAAUCAUAUAGUGGCUGAAUGGGAUCGGUAGUGUGGUAAUCGUUAUUGAAAAUAAUUUCUGUACCUUUAGUUGUACAAUCAGUUCACCACCUCUUUGUUUUUUCUCAAAAAUUAUUCAAGUCAUCUUAUCUAUUUUGGUAGUGUUUUACUUUCAUUCAAAUCUUAUUUAAGAAUCUGAUUCUGAUCAUCUUGAGUUGUACAAGUAUAUUUAUGCAAACGACCUUUCAAAUCAAUGAAAUUCAUUGAUGAUACAAAUAGUCAAGU